AAUUUGAUAUAAAAAGUUGUUACAUGGUCUUGGUAACAUUUUCUCAAAUUAAUUGUGCUGGUCUUUUUUAUUGAUUACAGAUUACAAAAUAGGAAAUAAGUGUUUUAGAAAUGGCGUCGUCUCCACAAGGUAUAUACACUGGCCUCAAGACCAAAAUGAAAAAUGCAUAUUACACCGACAACAUGGUCAAUAAUCUCGAGAACUUCAGAGCUGAGGCUUCAACCUUUCUAUCUGGUCCAGGUGAAUAUCAAGACCUUUCCUUUCUAAAGAUAUGUGAGAAUUUGGAAGGAAACGGAGAUAUUGGCUGGAAUAAGCUCGAGAAUCUAAAAACACUCGUACAAAGUACGACUGGAGGAAAAAAGCAACUUCUUGAUAUGAUCAACGAUGCUGAAAGAGAAAUACAGCCGAGUUUGCCAGGUUCAGCGAGAUGGUUGCCACCGAAGAGCGAUGCACAGAAACUGGAAUUAAGAGAUGAGUCAAUUGUUGUGUUAAUGGAGAAGGAAGAAUAUCGAGUAAAUGAGGGUGCUACAGCCUACUUAGACUGCUCGGUAGACCCAAAACCGAAACGUGUCAUCUGGAAAAAGGGAGACAAAAUCCGAGUAGACAAACGAAUCCCUAUGAACAAUAAAAAAUACUAUUGUUCUGGUCCACCUGACCCAACACUUAUUAUACGGUCAGCAGAGAAAAAAGACGCGGCUCACUACCAAUGUACUGCCAAGGAUAUUGAUACCGCCAAUAAUAUUGAAAUAGAAGUUAAAGGCGAUACUGUUCUAUUAGAAGUGGCGUCAGGAGCAAAUGAGUCGGACAGUUACAGAAAUGACAGAUCGAGAUCUCGUUCUCGGGACAGACAGAGGGAAUCUCGCAG